UUUUGUCGGUGGAAUAAUAUGGCAUUGCACUAUCGGUGUAUCGCUUGAGCAUUAGUUAAAAAAAAACGUGUUCCUUUCAGUACAUAAUAUCUACAAAGUUCGUUCAACAUUCUCAUCAGAUUGUUUUAUAUAAAAUGUCAAAAUUGACAAAGUUUUUCGUCGGGAAUCUGCCGUGGACAGUCAGCAGCCGGGAACUCCGUAAAUAUUUUGCAUCAUUCGGCCACGUUGCUACCGCAGACGUAUUGUUCGACCACUCUACUGGUUUGUCGAAGGGCUACGGAUUCGUUCAGUUUUCUACACCAGGUGGAUACGAAAGUGUUUUAAACAAUGACAAACAUGAAUUAGACGGGCAAACAUUGAUUCUUAAAACAGCUGAUUAUCAAUAAUUGUUGUUUCUUACAAGCAAAAUUCCUGUUUUUUUUUAUAAUAGACCUAGGUAUUAGUAUAAUAUAAUAUAGUAAGUAAUGGAUUUUAAUUCUAAAAAUUUAUCUGCUCAGUUUGAUAAAGCUGUCUCUUAUAUUUCUGGGUCUAAUUUAUCUGAUGUUGACACACAGCUUAAACUGUAUGGAUUUUAUAAGCAAGCAAUGGAAGGUAUAUGUACUCUACCAAAACCUCCAAUAUAUGAUCUAAAAGGCCGUAAAAAAUGGUAUGCCUGGUCUGAUAUGGGUUCAAUGUCUAAAGAAGAAGCUAUGACAUCAUACAUACAUUUAGUAACAACUAUAAAUCCAAACAUAGAAACA